AUGCGCCCGCUCCCAAGUCCAGCUGUCCUUGCGACGCUGGCACUAUCAUGGAUGGGCUAUGCAUACGCAUUCAAGAACCAGAACCAAAGUUACUCCUCCGCGGAUAUGAUGCAGACACAGCUGGCGUUAAUGGAUGAUCGACCCGACAACUGCCCGCCAUGCUUCAAUUGUCUACUACCUGCCUUCGACUGCGGCCAAUACUCGGAUUGUAACCAAUUCAAUGGCAAAUGUGCUUGUCCUCCUGGGUACGGGGGCGACGACUGCUUGGCUCCAGUCUGCGGUUCUUUAGCACAUGGCAAGGACCGGCCGAUGCGACAAGGCGAUUACUGCGAGUGCGACGACGGAUGGACUGGCAUAAACUGCAAUGUGUGCACCAAUAACCAGGCAUGUAAUGCUCUGAUGCCAGAGGGCGAGGGCGGGGUCUGUUACCAGAAUGGCGAGGUGGUGAAGGAGAAUUACCAAAUGUGUGAUGUCACGAAUGUGAAGAUCGUCGAGAUCUUGGAAGGGAGAAGACCCCAAGUGACUUUCGAUUGUAACUCAGAGCGUGAGACCUGCGAUUUUCAGUUCUGGGUUGAGCAUAAAGAAUCCUUCUAUUGCACACUCGACACCUGCACCUCCAGCGCCGACAAUGACUACUAUCAAAAUAGUACCAACUAUAAGUGUGAAAAUAUCCGAUGCAAAUGUAUCCCUGGUCGGAUGCUCUGUGGCGAGAAUGGUUCCGUUGAUAUAUCGGAAUUCCUAGAUGAGUCGAUUAGAGGGCCGGCCACAUUCAGUUGCAAGCAGCAAAACGAUGCGAAAAACGAUUGUCGAUUCAAGGAACCCGAAAUGGAUGUGUUGAUCCAGCAGAUGUUCGGGGACCAAAGUAUCUUUAUUGACUGCAAAUCUGGCGAAUGUCUGUACGAAACCGAGGUACCUGGAUUCGAACGGCCGGUAAAACGGAUCAACACUCCUUUGAUAGCUGGGGUCAUUGCUGCUAGCUCCCUGUUUGUGGUUGCCGUCAUAUUGCUUGUCUGGUUUCUUUCGAGGAGGCAGUUCAGAUAUGGUCCGAUCCAUCUGGAUGACUCUGACGAUGAAAGUGCUAAGCUCAUGUCGGAUCAUAGGCCCGCUUCCCUUUACUUCGAGAACGUUUGCUACGAUCUGAAUGGAAAAAAGAUAAUAACCGGUAUUCAAGGAGUCGCUCAUCCAGGGGAGAUCAUGGCCAUCAUGGGAGCUUCCGGGGCUGGCAAGACAACUUUCCUGGACAUCCUGGCUAGGAAGAACAAAAGAGGCACCGUAGAAGGGGAUUUCUACGUCAACGGCGAGAAGGUCAACGACAAUGACUACAAGAACGUUGUUGGAUUUGUUGAUCAAGAGGAUACGAUGCUACCAACAUUAACCGUGCAUGAAACCAUUAUGACGAGCGCCCUCCUCAGACUUCCCCGUGAUAUGGGAAGAGCAGCAAAGGAGCAGAGGGUCUUCGAGGUUGAGAAGCAGCUUGGAAUAUCUGCUAUCAAAGACUCUCUGAUCGGAUCUGAAGAAGGCAAGGGACGCGGUAUAUCUGGUGGGGAGAAACGAAGAGUUGGCAUCGCCUGCGAGCUCGUCACCAGCCCAAGCAUUUUAUUCCUGGACGAACCAACAAGUGGGCUUGAUGCUUACAAUGCGUUUAAUGUAAUUGAGUGUCUUGUUACCCUCGCGAGGACAUACAAGCGCACCGUCAUAUUUACGAUUCAUCAACCACGGUCUAAUAUUGUUGCUCUAUUCGACCGAUUGCUUCUUCUAGCCAAGGGCAGAACUGUUUAUUCCGGCGAAUUUUCUCAGUGUCAGGAUUACUUCGAUCGCAUUGGAUAUUCCUGUCCCCCAGGUUUCAAUAUUGCAGACUAUCUGGUGGAUCUGACGAUGCAUGUCGGCGCUCCUCGUACGCCAGCAGACGAGGGAAUACCAGGUUUGGCGGUCAGCAUCAGUGAUAGUGUUGGGCCAAGCAGCACCAGAGCUGUCAAAUCAAUAGCCAGCAUAUCUGGAGGGAGUAUUGAAGAUGGAUUGGCCAGUAGCCCAGGGGAUUCGCUGCAGAGACCUAAAGGAAAGCGCAGAGACUCGGUUAGAGCAAAGCAGGAGAGGGAGCUCUACACCCGCAAGAGAACCGGGCUCGAAACCCCAACUUCACAACCUGACGAGCAACCCCUCGAUCCCAAUGUGGCAAGUUCACAGCACUGGGUUGGGCUUCAGAAACAGCGUCGCUACGUUCCACAACAGGGUCUGGAUGAUCCUGAUAAUCUGCUUCCUGAAGCCGGCAGCGGCAAUGACCUCGACAUCCUUGUAGCAGCAUAUGCACACUCCGAAAUUGCGGGAAACAUUCACGCUGAGGUUCAUUCUGCCAUAGCAAAUGCCAAUACUGCAAAUGGGAGUUCAAAUGGCAAUGCCCAAGGUGACAGCAAUAAUCACAUUAGCGCGAUGGGCAGGGGUUAUGCAAGAAUCGGAUACCUUGGACAGUUUGUAAUCCUGUCACAACGGACUUGGAGGAACCUUUACCGCAACCCAAUGUUAAUGCUCACUCAUUACGCCAUUGCGAUCCUACUUGCGGUUCUCUCUGGAUACUUAUUCUACGGCUUGACUGACGACAUUCCUGGAUUCCAGAAUCGACUUGGGCUCUUCUUCUUCGUCCUUGCGCUUUUCGGCUUCAGCACACUAUCCAGCUUAACUGUCUUCGCUACCGAACGGCUCCUCUUUGUUCGGGAGAGAGCAAAUGGUUAUUAUUCGCCUAUCACUUACUUCGUUGCUAAGGUGAUCUUCGAUAUCGUGCCUCUCCGCAUCAUCCCACCAAUUAUCAUGGGGUCAAUUCUAUACCCGAUGACUGGGUUAGUUGCGGACGCGCCUCAUUUCUUCAAAUUUAUCUUGAUCCUUGUACUCUUCAACCUCGCAGCCGCUGGUAUAUGCCUCUUUAUCGGGAUCGUUUGCAAGGAUAGUGGUGUUGCAAAUCUGAUUGGUAGUCUUGUGAUGUUGUUUAGCUUGCUUUUCGCAGGCCUCCUGCUCAAUCAUGACGCCAUUCCCAAGUCUGCUCUAUGGCUGCAGGCGAUCUCAAUCUUCCACUACGGCUUCGAAUCUCUCAUCGUCAAUGAGGUCACGUACCUGACACUCGUGGAUAAAAAGUACGGUUUGGACAUCACUGUUCCAGGAGCGACGAUUUUGAGCUCGUUCGGAUUUGACACCCAGGCUCUAUGGCCCGAUGUUAUCAGCCUUGCAGUAUUUGCAGGCGGCUUCAUUAUUUUAGCGUAUAUCGCUAUGCAUGUCUUGCUAGUAGAGAGACGAUAG